UAUAGACUACCUGUGUACAGAAUCUUUCCAGUCUAGUCCGCGGCAUUUCUGACGAACAGGAACUACUUCACAAGAGUACCUCCGAAGAUACAAACAUGCCUUUCGUUCCAGUAGAAACACCAAAGUGUCCCGCGUGCGGAAAGUCGGUGUACGCCGCUGAGGAGCGCGUUGCUGGUGGCUACAAAUUCCAUAAAACUUGCUUCAAGUGCAGUAUGUGCAACAAGGCCUUGGACUCCACAAAUUGCACAGAGCACGAAAAGGAACUGUUCUGUAAAAACUGCCACGCACGUAAAUAUGGACCAAAGGGUUACGGUUUCGGUGGUGGCGCUGGUUGCCUAUCCAUGGACACCGGUGCUCAUUUAAACAGAGAAUUUAUCAUACCCAAAGUUCCAUCACAGGCUCCUGAUGGAAAAGGAUGUCCUAGGUGUGGUAUAUAUGUCUACGCAGCCGAACAAAUGCUGGCAAGAGGCAAGGGUUAUCAUCGAAGGUGCUUCAAGUGUGUACAAUGCAACAAAACGUUGGACUCAACCCUUCAUUGUGAUGGUCCGGAUAAGGACAUUUAUUGUCGAGGUUGUUACGCUCAAAAGUUUGGAGCAAGAGGAUAUGGACACCUUGGCAUAUCAUCGUUGGGUUUAAUGUCAGAUAUAAGGGAUUCGGAAAGGCAGAGCGAUAUGGCUCCAAAAAGCUCUCCAAUAAACGUCGAGCAAAUACAAGCCCCCAAAGGUGAGGGUUGUCCCAGAUGCGGGGGCGUUGUUUUUGCGGCUGAACAAGUUUUGUCCAAAGGUCGACCAUGGCAUAGAAAAUGUUUCAAAUGUCGUGAUUGUACCAAAACCCUUGACUCAAUAAUCGCUUGCGAUGGUCCGGACAAUGAAGUGUAUUGCAAAACCUGCUAUGGCAAAAAAUGGGGACCUCAUGGCUAUGGAUUUGCAUGCGGAUCUAGUUUUCUACAAACCGAUGGCAUAAACGAAGACAGUAUGACAGCAGAGCGACCUUUCGUGGAUCCCGACACCACAACAAUAAAAGCACCCGAAGGAGAAGGCUGUCCCCGAUGUGGUGGGGCAGUAUUCGCUGCCGAAUUGCAAUUGUCCAAAGGAAAGAUGUGGCAUCAGAAGUGCUUCAAUUGUGCAAAAUGUCAUCGUCCUUUGGACUCUGUACUGGCUUGUGAUGGACCAGAUGAUAAUGUUUACUGCAAGUUGUGUUACGCUAAACUCUUUGGCCCCAAAGGAUUUGGAUAUGGACACACGCCAACUUUGGUUUCCACCAAUCCAGAAUAUACGCCUACCAAUCUGAACUGUAAGAAUCCUUGUGGUCCUCGCUCUGUAAAUGGUUGUCCGAGAUGUGGAUUGGCUGUCUAUGCGGCCGAACAAAUGAAGAGCAAACUUAACGUUUGGCAUAAGAUUUGCUUCUAUUGUUCAGAGUGCCGCAGAUACUUGGAUUCGACCAAUUUGAAUGAUGGACCUGAUGGAAACAUAUAUUGUCGCUCCUGUUACGGUAGAAAUUAUGGUCCUAAAGGCGUUGGAUAUGGAAUUGGCGCUGGUACAUUAACUAUGGCUUAGGUAAAUGCCAAAUAUUUAAAAGUGCGUAGAAACAACUAAAAAACAUCUUUUUGUUGGGGCUUCUGUUUUGUGGUCAUAGAUUUUUUAAUUAAAAUCUUUUUGUUAUCCUAUAUAUAAUAAAUGAA